AUGGGUCAUGCUGCAGUGGAGCGAGCGUGGUCAAAGACGCGCUGUCCUAGACAGCAGUGCCUGUCUGGUCUUCCAAAAAGAUGCGCAUGCAUCGUGACGUCCGAGCACUGGGUGAGGCCCACCUUCCUGUGGCCACAGAGCGGAGGAAGGUCCCCCACGCCAAACUCAGAGUCCUGCACUGUUCCCCACGCCUCCUCGCUGCACGAAGGCCAGACUUUCCCCGGUGCCCUGGGGAGCCGAGACCCCUCGGUGUUCCAAAGCAGCGGCGGCCGGGCUCCACCCAGGUGGCGAGGACUGGGAGCAGCCGCGGCCCACGCAGGCGCACGGAGGCCUGAGGCGGUCGAGGGCGCUCAGGGGCGGUGCGGGGCGCGCCCGGCAGGGCUGGGCUGGGCGGGGCCGGACCGAGCCGCUGUGUUUCCGUUGCCUGGAGCCGCCAGCAAGCAGCUGCCGCGGCGUCCUCCGCUCACCCUCGCCGGCUCUGCGCGCCCCGCCGCGUUCCCCGCAGUUCGGGUCUGGGUGAGUGAGUGCUCGCGGCGCCCGCAGAGGGAGCGGGGGCGCCGGGCGGGCGCGGCCGCUGGGCGGACGGCGGUCUCCGGUUGCGGGGAGGGCGGGUCUGCGGCGGGGCCCCGGGGGACUGUCUGGGCGCCUUGUCGGGGUGUCUGGCCCGCUGAAACCGCGGUCUUUUUCUUCUCUUGCAGUCCUGCGUCGCUCACCUCCUGA